CGGAGCGGCGGAGAGCUGCAACAAGUGCGUCGGACCCUCUCUGCGCUCUCGCACGGAGUUAUGUCCGGCCCCACGUUCUGUGUCCUCCUGUUUUCGGACUGCACUUAAGACCUGGCUCAGAGACGUCUCUUUCACAUUCAACAAUGUGCAAGUAAUAAUGACCUUCUAGAUUAAUUCUAAGACAAACAAUAAUACGCACUGUCUCUCUGAACUUUAAAUUGAUCACAUUAAACACCAGGCAAGCUAAGUCAACAUUCUACAUCUGAUCUAAUGGAUUACUAAGAAGAAAAGUUAUUUUGGGAAUGCUCCUUUUGCUUCACAUGGAUUAAAAAUGAUCGCCCUUGAACUUUAGUGUGGCGGAAACCAUGAGUUUCCCUGUGGGCCUUUCUGUAUAUAGGAAGCAUUUCUUCCUCACAGUGUAUUCCCUUGUGCUGAGAUUGCAUUUAACAGCGCUUUUUCUGUGCAACAUGGCAUCCACAUGUCCCAAAAGCUGCUUGUGCACAGAUAGGAAUAGCCUGGUGGUAGUGCAAUGUUCUUCCCGCAACCUUGAGACCAUCCCAUCGGAUCUACCGCAUGAUACGGUCUCUCUGUUGCUCUCCUCCAAUCACAUCACAAAGAUCCCUGGCCAGGCUUUUAAACACCUCCCUCACCUGCAGGAGCUUGAUUUGUCACGCAACGCCAUUGAAAGCGUAGACGGUAAAGCGUUUCAGGGUAUCUCGGAGACCUUGCGCAUGCUUAAUCUGUCCUAUAACCGCUUACGUGGAGUACCCAAGGAGGCCUUCGCGCGGCUACAUGCCAAGAUUGGCUUGGCCAACAACCCAUGGCACUGUGAAUGCACGCUACAGGAGGUGCUGCGUGAAUUAGAACUCGACCCUGAGACCGCCAGCGAGGUCAGUUGCCAUACAGCAGUGCAGGAUGAACAUGCCGGCAAACCAGUCAUUCAAGUCCUAGACUCUGGCAUCAACCUCUGCAAUUUUCAUCACAAGACAACGGACAUGGCCAUGUUUGUCACAAUGUUUGGCUGGUUCACCAUGGUGAUUGCUUAUGUCAUAUACUAUGUGCGGCACAACCAAGAGGAUGCCCGCAGGCACUUAGAGUAUCUUAAAUCUUUGCCAAGCAGUUCCCAAAUUAGCAAAGACUUGGACACAAUUAGUACUGUUCUGUAGUGUCUGCAUCAAAGCCUUGGGUCACAUUCAUGAUAGCACAGCAGCAAGCCUUAAAACACACAAUGCUGUUUUCUUUAUUCAUUUCUAAGUAAGUAAAUAUUACAGCUUAAAAUGUAUGACUUUCAAUAUGCAAGUCAUGCAGAUAAAAUUAGGCUUUAUUUGCAUUUUAACACUGUGGUUAGUUAUUGGCUAGCAUUGACCAGCCCUGCGUUCCUACAGUAUGUGGUAUUUCCACAUGCAAGAUAUGAUGAAUUUCUGACAAUGUUUCCCUCCAAGUAUGCUUUCUGCAAUAUGUUAUUUGGUGGCAGAAAAGCUCUGCAGAGCUAAAUCCUUCCUUAUUUUCCCAGCAGGUGCAUAAUAUUUUUCAUUAUGUCAGUUCAAUUGUCCAUUUAUGUGCUAAUUUUAAUAUAAAGAAUAUAAGGCAGAACCAGAGAUUGGCAGGCCUAAUUUUCAAUAUAUUUGUUAUAGAGCAGCAUAGAAAACUCAGGAAAAGGAACUGAAUAUAGGGACUAACAUCACUGCCAAAUCCUGUCCAUUAAAGCCCUGCCUUGUGUUUUAUUAAUGGCACUUCGACUAUUUAAGGUAGAUGGAAUAGUACUACCAUAUUUAUUUGCCUUUCAAUUUAUGUCAAUCUUCAUAGAGUCCUUAAUCAAAACUUUAUAGAUUUUAAAUUUGACACUAAAUAAAAAAAAAACAAUAACAACAGCUAUUUAACAGAUUUCAAAUUUUGUUCAAAAUCCCGCUAAAUCAACUGAUUUUCUUAAAACAUACAAUUUGUAUAUGAUAUACAAAACAAUUUUUACUAUUGUGCAUGAUAUUUAAAAAGACUUUCAAAAAACUUGUCUCGUUUUUCCAAUGCACAUAUUUCUUGUGCAAGUUUCAGGUCUUUUCUGUGUGUCUUUUAAGGUGUAGUGUUGGGUUAAUUAGCCAUUGUGUGUGGGACAGGAAACGCACUAGCAGUUGAACAAUAAUACUUCUAAACUUGCUAAAUAUGAGUUGCUUGAUUGAAUGUUGGAUAGCUCUAUGUUGUCGACAGUAAGGUGUCUAUUAUAGGGUUAGUCUAAGGAGUCACAAGAUAAUAGUCCAAAGUAUAACAUAAUUCAGCUGUGAUAGUCUCAUACAAAAUAAGGUCAAGGCCAUCACAGUUGUCCUACCCGACAAAAUCUAUGUUCAUUAGCUGUGCUGCUGCUGCUGCUGCUGCUGCUGCUGCUGCUGCGUUUCUUUUACUUUUCUUUUUUUGCCAAGAUGUAACUCCCGAAGUGCCUGGGUGGUACCUUGAUACCCAAACACUGUGCUUUGGUUGGGUUAUUCAAUCCAUCAUGGUCCCUUUGCUACUAACAAGAGACCUUUAAAACGUAAUGUAGUUUGUGUCAUAGCCAUAUAUAGGAUGUAUUUAAUGAGACAUAGCUGUGCUGUCACAUUGUUGCAGUGCUUGUAUGAAGUAUAUGUAAGUUGACCAUAAAGGGCUCCUCCAGUAAUGUGUUUCUUCAGUGAAUGUACAUGUAUUUGUUUGUUCUUCACAGUGGCUGACAAGAUUUGUUAAUAAUUAUGUCAGAACACAAUAAUCUUCGGCUGUCUAGCCCAUUAUACACGCCAGACCCUUAGUGCUCUCUGACACACUAAUAGCUCUAUUUCCGUCAGUUCAUCUAUGAAUUCAUUAUAUUCAGACAUAUUAAUUUUCUGGUUAACAAAUUACUUUUGACACUCACUGUGUAAUGGGUGUAUUAUAUCUAGAUAAAUAAAAAACCCAGAGUUUUGCUUAUCCGGUAGCACAAAAAUGUUGCUUAUCCUAGCCACAAUAAAAAUGGCACUAGGCAACCAAAUAUGCAUUUGAUGCAAACAAAUGUGUUUCACAAAAUAAUAUGUCUAUUUCACAUGUUCGCUUAACAUUCCAUAAUUUUGUACCUUUAUUUAUUAGUUCUUGCAUUAAUUGUUCACUGUAUGAAACA